AUGGAGCACAAGCAAUCUGAGGUUGUGCUCUUUGGGACAUGGGCUAGUUCUUUCAGUGGUAGAGUCAAGAUAGCCCUGAAACUUAAGGGCAUCCAAUAUGAGUAUGUUGAAGAAGAUUUAGUAAACAAGAGCCAAAUGCUGCUCAGCUACAAUCCUGUCCACAAACAGGUACCUGUUCUUGUACACAGAGGCAAGCCAAUCGCAGAAUCACGCGUCAUCCUCGAAUACAUUGAUGAGAACUGGAGCAAAACCCCCAAUCUGCUGCCCAAAGAUCCAUAUGAAAGAGCCAAAAUUCGCUUUUGGGCAAAAUAUUAUGAUGAGAAGAUCAUACCAGGAAUAUACAGUAUUAUAAGAUCCACAGGGAAAUAUAGAGAGAAGGCCAUCGAAGACUUGAGCGAAUUGGUUAAGGUCUUUGAAGAAGGGAUGAAGAGGGAUUUUCAAGAGGAUCCCCUCUUCUUCAUUGAUGGUUCCUUGAGCUUUCUGGGUAUUGUGGUGAGCUCAUAUGCUUGCACCUAUGAGGCUUUUCAUGAGGCUGUCACUACCGUUCUUAUACCCGAAAAGAACCCUGCAUUCUUUUCAUGGGUGCAUGAUCUCAAAGGCCAUCCUCUGAUAAAGGAGACUCUCCCACCUCAUGACAAACUGGUCGCCAGGCUGAAGCAUCUUCAAGCUUGA